UGAAGCGCGCCAUCUGGAUUGGGAGUGCUGAUGGGCUGCGAUCGUGGUGCUGCCCCAUCGCUCCACGUCGAUGUCGUGCGUUCUGUUGUCUGCUUCUAGUGCAGAUGAAUAGUGUUUCCUCACUUGGAUCCUGCAUACUCAGCCAUACGCCAGAGAAUCCGAAUGUUGAGCAAGUUGCAAGUUGCCAGAUAAUGCUGAACAGGACCUUGUCACGACCCAUCGGAACCGAGAUGUGGUCGCCCCGAGCAGGAAGGCGGGAUGUGAUAAUCAGCUGUGACAGGGCCUUUUCUCUACCUGCCUUGAGGCCGCUUAGUCAUGUGCGCUUCAAGUGGAGCUGGCCUCUCUCAGACCUGUCCAAUCGAGCGCAGAUCCUGUUGAGAGCGCUCGUCUAUGCCGCCCCCCACCCCUCCCCACUCCUCUCCACUCCCCGGAUCCCACCCCUAGACCACCUCUGCGACAUUUCUCAUCCAUGUUGGCUGUCAAUCUUGAAACUGGCAAUGCCGGAGGAUGGCAGUGACUACUGUUCGCCACUCUUUCUCCACUCCUUCCCUCCCUCCCUUGAUCCAUUCUUUCAUCCGCCGAACAGGCCAUCCCACCGUCAACAGUCGAUUGCAUGUGACAGUAUGGGGGCCGUGGACCUUCGCAGGAGUCGUUGUAAACAACCUCAGACAGCAAUAGUUCAUUCGGCUGCAGAAAAGUGCUGCUAUUUAUAACCUACAUAUAAAGCCUCACUACUAAACAAGCCAACCAGUGAUGGGAGGCUACAUAGAAAAAAUUCUGUGUGACUAUAGUGUACGAGAUUUCUUUACUUUUUUUUUUUUAACUGCUCUUCACUUGAAUAUGUACAUUUUGGAUGAAUUUUUAACCAUUUUGAUACAGUUUUCCUGUGUCAUUGAGAAAUUUUUAAGCUGCCACUCUGAUGUCUUUGUAUUAUAAUUGAUGUUGAUCAGCUGAACACAACAAAGAAACAAAGACAAGAGAACAGGAUGCACACAUUAUAAACAGAAUGGGAAUAGUAAAUCAUUACAUACACCAAUGAAACAUUAGAGGUGAGUUUUGUCUGGAGCUGAAGUGCUAAGCCCUGUGAGGGAAGGUCAGGACAAGAUAGAAUAGGAGAAGGACAGGAGAAGUGGCAUGCAGGAUAAGGGUCACUUCAGAGUGCCUCGUUGUCUGGGGCGAGUGUGCACACGUCACACAGAGAAAGAGAGAAGAAAAAGGAGUUGACAACCAGUGUGUGGACCGAGGAGUUCUGUGUAGA